CCGAUGUAUGCAACCGUGGGAAACGUCUUCGGCGGCGGCGGGCCCGAGGUCUCGAUAAUCUUGUGGGCGAUGUGGUUGAUGGCAUUUGCGGCUUCCUUGAAGGUGACAGCUUUCCACCCAUCCUUGGGAUCCGCCGAACGUGGAAUCAUGAUCCAAGGGCGGGAGGGCUCGUUUUUAGCACGCUCAUCGAUGAUGUCGACCAUCAACCUGCGACCGUAGGGCGGCUUCACCCCAUCUAUUCCUGGCAUGUUUACUUAAUCUUGCUUUGCCGUGAGAAGUAGGAGUUGGG